AUGCCCAGUCCUAGCAGCCCCACUUUCGGUGAGGGCGAGAAAGGGGGGUUUGAGAAAGGGGAGGGUGAGAGAGGGGGGCGUGAGAUAAUGGAAGGUUAUAAAGAGGAAGGUGACAAAGUCGAGGGUGACAAAGGCGAGGGUGCUACCAGCAGCUCUGAGGACUCUCCCUGGCGGUCAGUUGCAAACAUUUCACCACGGAGCCAGGAGCUGCCCGACCAGGCAGAGCAUGCCCGUAAACGUUCGUCCGACAAGUUUCUUUUGAGGCAGCAGGAACUGUAUCAGGCAGAAGGAGAGGAAUUGCCGGUGCUGGCAUCCCAACGGCAGGCCAGUCUAGCUGUUCGUCUAUUUGGCUCUUCGCUUGUGGAAGGUUCGUUGGUUGGAAGCGGGCAAGAGGGAGGCAAUCCUUCUCCCCCUGCUGCUCCUGCUGCCGCCGCUGCUGCCGCCGCCGCUGCUGCUGCUGCUGCUGAUGCUCCUGCUCUUGCUGAUUCUGUUCCAAACCCUGCUAUAUUGGCAGUAGCAGCAAGAGCAGCAGCAGCACCCGUGCCUGACUCCUUGCUGGCACCAGCAGCAGUAUCCGUGAAAGGGCAAGCUCCUCCUUUUCCUACUGCUGCAGCCACUGCUGCACCAGCUGCCUCGCCUCCACCCUCCCCUGCCCUGGCCGCAUCAACUUCCCCCGCCCUUGCUGCUGUACCCAAGGUGGAACCCUCCUCUGCCUCCACAUCCGAGACUGGACAAAGUCAACUAAGUCAACAGCCUGCACACGUAAAGGGGAGGGGGCACCUGGGGGAGGCGUUAUCCUCUGAUGCGUCAGGCAGAGAGGAAGGGCGUAGGAGAGUUGUUUCAAGGUCAGGGCGACGAGGAAAACGGAAGGAGCGAGAAGCACGAGAGGAGAGGGGGAGGGGGGGACGGGUCGAAAGGCAAGUCGAGGAGGAGAGGGGAGGAGGGGAUAGUGUGAGGGGAGAGGAGGUAUCAGGUGGAGGGAGAGGUGGAGGAGGGAGAGCGGAGACAGAUGCAGGAGAAAGCCGCCGACAGCAGGAAUUGAAACCAGGACCUCAAGCACCGGUACCACAGCCACCAGGAGCACUGCUUGAGUGUGUUGCAGAAGGGGAAGCAGAUGCAGCAGCAACCACAGCCGUUGGGAGAGGGAGACAUGAGGUUUCUCACCCACUUAUACCGCGAGCAACCGUUUCUCACCCAGCCAUUCCUCGAGCCCAUGGCAUGAGGCUGCCUCAGAGCGUUGUGGAGGCACAGCAGCAGCAGCAGUAUGAGGAAGAGCAUCGCCAGCACCAUCAACAGCCACAAGAGGACCUACAGCAGCAUCAGCAGCCACACGAGGACCUCCCACAGCAGCAUCAGCAGCCGCAGCAGCAGCAACAGGAGGGGGAAAGUGCGGCUGGGCGAGGCCAGGGGACGGGACUGGGAGUGCCAGAUGUACCUCCCCCCGUUGUACCUGCCACUGGUUCCUCUCAGCUGACGAUCUUCUACGGCGGGAUGGUGCACGUGUACCAGGACGUGCCUUCAGACCGGGCCCAGGCAAUCAUGCUAUUGGCUGGAUCAAGCACCACCUCCUCCUCCUUCCCUCUUCCCCCCAACCUCCUCACCGCUCAACACUCCUCCAUCUCCACCCCUCGCAGCCCUCUCCCUUCUCCCUCCACCCUCACUCCCCCACAUCCCUCCUCUCUCCCUUCACCCAGCCACCCUCACUCACCCGCCUCUGGCCCCUCCUCCUCCACAGCCCAGUACCUUUCAUCGCUGCUCCCUGCUCCUUCUGCUCCUUCAGUCUCUUCUCUGUCAGCUGCUCCCUUCUCGCCGCCCUCUGCUGCGGCCUUCUUGUCGCCUUCUGCUGCUGCCUUCUCUUCUUCCUCUGCUCUUUCCCUCGCCUCCUUGCCAUCUCACCCUUUGAGAUCGAUGGAUAAGCGAGAGAGGGGGAGGGGAAGGGGGGAAAGCUUUGGUGGUGGGGAUAGUGGCAGCCGUGGUGAUGCUGCUGCUGCUGCUGCUGCUGCUGCUGCUGCUGCUGCUGCUGCUGCUGCUGCUGCUGCUGCUGCUGCUGCUGCUGCUGCUGCUGCUGCUGCUGCUGCUGCUGCUGCUGCUGCUGCUGCUGCUGCUGCUGCUGCUGCUGCUGCUGCUGCUGCUGCUGCUGCUGGGGGUGGUGGGGACGGUACUGGUGGUGAUGAUGAUGGUGAUUUGGCAAGAGAACAAGCUUCUGUUCAACAGCAUUUGCACCAGCACUAUUACAACUGGCAGCAUCAGCAACAGCAGCAGCAGCAGCAACAUCAACAGCAGCAACAGCAGCAGCAGCAGCAGCAGCAGCAGCAACAGCAGCAACAACAGCAGCAACAGCAGCAACAGCAGCAGCAGCAAAAGCAACAACAGCAGCAAAAGCAACAGCAGCAGCAGCAGCAGCAGCAGCAGCAGCAACAACAGCAGCAACAGCAGCAGCAGCAGCAGCAGCAACAACAGCAACAACAACAGCCUAGCCCCCACCAAUAUCCCUCUACUAACAUCCCCUCUCACUCGCUCUCCCACUCUCCCUCUCCUCCUCCUUCCCACUUCCACUCCUCUCCUUCUCUUUCACCCUCCAUUGCACCCUCGUCCAUUGCACCCACCUCCCUUGCACCCACUUCCCUUGCACCCACUGUGCAUGUGUACGUUCAGUACCCAGGAGCAGCCGGAGGAGGGGUUGGAGGUGGAGGGGGGGCGGGGAGAGAGGAGCAGAAAGGAGGAGGAGGUGGUGGAGUUAUUGCAAGAGUGGCUGAGAGGGAGAGGAGAGCAAAGGCGGCCGGUGGCGGAGCUCUGGGGGAGUUCGGGGGACGGGGAGGGGCUGGCGGGGAAGGGAUCGGCGGAAGGUUUGAGAUAGUGGGGGAGCUGACAGGGGGGCUGGCGGCGGUGGUGUGGGCGCCAGACGAGGAGGAGGUGGCGGUGGUAACUGGGGCAGGGCGAUUGCUGACCAUGACGAGUGAUUGGCAGCAACUGCUGCUCCUAUCCGCUGCUCCUUUGCGCAAAGGGAGAGAAAGGGACCAACGGGAGAAACUGCUGCUUCUUUGCUCUGUACUUCCUCUGCUGCCGUUCAUCAUCCCUUACAUCCUUGCCGUUUCUCGUGCUCUCGUCCCCCUCUUCCCACUCUCUCGACCCACACCUUCCGCCCCCUUCCCUCCCUCCCUCUCCCUCCCUCCCUCCCUCCCUCCCUCCCUCCCUCCCUCCCUCCCUCCCUCCCCUCUCGCCUUCCCUCUUCCCUUCUUCCCUCCCUUCCCCUCUUUGCCCUCUCCCCCACCAGCUUCCACCACCAACUCUCGGUCUUCCCCUUCUGUCUUCUAUUGCUUGAUUCGUUUUCUUCCCUCCUAUCAGGGGCUCUCAGCCAACCAGCAGCUGCCACCUGGCACGUACGGCCCAUUUGCUGACGUGGCAUGUGGGGACCACCUGAUGGGGCCUGUUGCGUGGCAGCCAGCUGGCGCUCUGGUAGCCGCUGCUGCUUGCAAGUGGGAGGAGGGAAUGGGGGAGGAGAAAGGAGGGAAGGAGAAAAUGGGCCAGGAUGGAAGAGGGGAGCCAGGAGGGAAGGAGAGAAGAGGGGAGGAGAAGGCAAGGGUUGGAACUUCUGUUUUGCCGGUUAAGGAUGCUUCGUUUCCCGAAGCAGGAUCGGUAUACCACCGCUGCAACUACAAGUGGUAUUUGAAGCACGAGUGCCGCACAAACAAGACCCACCCCCACCAAUCCCCACCGUCUCUCACCCUCCUCCUACCUUCUUUCCUCUGGCACCCGGAAUCCCCCUCAUCCGCCCUCUCCUUCUCCCCCCUCGGGGUCAUCUCGGCCGUCCAUUUCAUCUGGACGGCUGGUGCUCUGGCACCUGGCAAUUCCACCGUUGCUGUGAUCGACGGCCAGGAUUUGAGGUUCUCGUCGCUGCUACUGCAUGGGGGGAAUGGGGGCGCAGGGGGAGGGGGGAGUGGGGGGAGCGGGGGGGGCGGAGGGGGAAGGGGAGGGCUUCUCCCCCCACCGUACUGCCAUAGGGUGGAGGGAUUUCCGGCUGCUGUGGUGGCGGUGGCGGGUGCUGAGCUGGCAGGUGAUGAGGUGGCAGGGUUUGAUUGGUGGGAGGAGAGCAGCGAUGCGUCUGGAGUUGAGAGUGGUACGGAGGGGUGUGGAGCAGUCCAAAAGGGUAAGAAGGGUGGAGUUGAGAUUGUGGGAGCAGUGCUUUCGAAUGGUGAUGUGGGAGUGGUGGUGAGACCAGAGGGGUGUGAGUGGAUGGAUGAGGAAGAGGAAGAGGAGGAGGGAGAGGAGGGAGAUGAAGAAGGGGAAGGAGAGGAAGAGGAAGAUGAUGAGGCGGAGGAUUUUCCACAGAUCAAACGGUUCGUAGCUACUCUAGACAGCAGUGGCACCAGUGGAGGUGGGGGUGGGGGUGGAGGUGGCACCAGUGGAGGUGGAGGUGGCACCAGUGGAGGUGGCACCAGGGGAGGUGGCACCAGGGGAGGUGGCACCAGGGGAGGUGGCACCAGGGGAGGUGGCACCAGGGGAGGUGGGGGUGGAGGUGGAGGUGGCACCACCUCCACCACAGCUAGCAAUCCUGCCAGCAGCGGCCGGCACAGCAUAUCGAGGGAUGACAUUGCUCGCAUGCGCCACGCAGCUUGGCUCUCCCCCACCCGCCUCGUGGGCGUCAUUGCCGCUCUGCAUGAGAGGCCUCUAGAGCAGGCUUCGCCUGAGCAGGCUUCAUCUCAGCAGGCUGGUUCUGUUGACUCCGUUGACUUUGUUGACUUGGUGGUAGAGCUUGAGUUGCGACGAGAGAAGGGGUUAAGGAGGGGUGGGGAGGGGGAGGUGCAAGGAGCAGUGAUGAGUGUGGUGGGGGUGGUGGGGCUGAGGCAGAAAGUUGUGGUGUCGGGUGCUAUAGUCACACGAGACCUGCUUGCUUUGGCUCUAGGGGCGGGUUCUGGUUCCCAGGGAGCAGCUGGAGGCGCAGGUGGCUCUUCAGGUGUUUUUUCAGGUGCUUCUGUUGCGCUCCCAGGUGCACUCCCAGGCAGGGUGUCGGAGGAGGGGACGAGGGCAGGAGUGGGCGGGCCGGCAGGCAGCAGAAAAGGACAAAAGGGGAAGGUGCCGUCAUCAUUGUUGUCUUGUCCUUUGUGGGAAGGGGGGGCGGUGCUGGUUGCAGGGCUUGGGCGGCUGAGAGUGGGAGGAGGUGAGAGAGAGGAGAGGGGGGGAGAGGACAAGGGGGACGAGGGAGAGGAGGAAGAGGAGGGGGAGGGGGAGGGGGAGGGGGAGCCGGCAGUGGUUCUCCAGGCGACACGUGGCAGUCUGGAAUUGGUCUACCACCGGGCGCUGGUCCUCCGGGCGGCGGGGCUGCUGCUGAGUCAGCGCCGCUUCCGGGCGGCUGCUGAGCUGGCGCGCCGCCACAGGCUGGACCCAAACGUGUUGGUGGAUUUCGGCGGGUGGCAGUCAUUUGCCUGGCAAAUGGGAACAGCCAUUAACGGAGAGCAGAGUGAUCCUGCCUCUAAUGGUGUGCAUGUGUUGGUGGUGACUACUAGUGGGGUGGGUGUGACUAGUGGAGCGAGGGAGUUUGUGUGGCAGGUGGGGGAGAGGGGACUGCGGCAUGUGAGUGAGGUGAUCUACGGGUUGAGAGAGGAGGAUGUGGCGGCGAGAGGAGGGUUGUAUGGUGAGGUGCUUGCUGGGAUGAGAGGCGGGGGAGGGGGAUGGGGAGGGGAAGGUGGAGGAGGAGGAGAGAAUGGAGAAGCAGGAGGGAGAGACAGGCAAGGGGAUGGGAGAGGAGUGGUAGGGGGUGGAGGAGGGGGAGGAGGAGGAGGGAUCACCGGCAAGGUGACAGCAGUGUGCGCAGCUCUCCGGGCGGCGCUAGAAGCCGAGCUGCCGCCCGGCGCAGUCCGGGACACGUGUGUGCUGAGCACGUACGCGUGCAGUGUGCCGCCCAGAUUGGAAGAAGCACUCCUGCGAGUCAAGGCAAAGCGGAGCUCGGAUGAUCAUGUGGGUCGUAUCUUUAGAGAUGGGCAUGUGGGUCUGUCUAAAGAUGGGUCUAGAGAUGGGCAAGUGGAUGGGUCUAGGUCUACAGAUGAACCAGAAUCUACUCACCCCCCCACCCCUCUCCUCUCCCUGUCUGUGGAAGCUUCCUUGAAGCAUCUCAUGUGGCUGACCUCCCCAGACCACGUCUUUAACUCCGCAUUAGGUCUCCACGAUUUAAACCUCGCGGCUUUAGUAGCCGCCCAUGCCCAGUCCCAAAAAGACCCCAAGGAGUUCCUCCCGAUCCUCCGAGGCUUGGCCACCGAGCCUCCGCCGAUCCGGCGGCUCAGGAUCGAUGUGAGGCUCGGGAGGCUGGAAGGGGCGGUUGGCCAGCUGGUGGCUCCUGAUUCGCCGCUGAUGGUGGCCUCGCUUCCCGAAGCUGCGCUGCUCUUUACCGCAGCUAACAACCUGCCUCGUGCGCUCCAGGCCUACCGCCAGGCUGGGCAGUGGCGCAAGGCGCUUACCACUGCAGCCAGGCUCGGAUUCCCCGAACCUGAGGUUCGGAAACUCGCACAGGAGCUUCGGGAAGAGCUUGUCGAGGUUGGGAGGAGGGCAGAAGCCGGGCGGCUGGCGAUUGAGUACGAGGGGGAUUCGGGCGGCGGGAUUCGUCUUUUAGUGGAGGCGCAUUGUUGGGAGCAGGCAGCGGAGGAGGCGGGGAAGUGUGGACAGGUGUCGCUUCUUGAUUCGCUGAUCGCUCCAGCAGCGGUAGAAGCAGCAAGGGGAAUGCUUACAGACAUGGAUGAAACACAGGGGAAAAUCACAGCCUAUGUUCGCCGGUUCGGUGCAGUGCGGUGCAAACGGGUGCAGAUGGAGGAAAAGCUCAAGGCCGAGAGGUUGGAGAGGGAGGAGGUGGAGAGGAGGAGGAGGGAGGAGUAUGGAGAGGAGUAUGGGGGAGGGGGCAUGGGGAUGGAUGAGGCUUCAGAAACAGCAUCUAUGGCAUCAAGUGAUGUGGGCAGCAUGGCUAGUGGUGUCACUGGCUUGAGUGCUUAUACUGCAGGCUCGUCCUCCCGAGUGAGCACCGCUAGUGGGUGGACCGCCACCAGCAAGAAGACGGGUGGUAGGGCGACCAGGAGAAAACAACAGAAGGCUGACAAGGGGAGGCGGAUUCGCGCUGGCAGUCCUGACGAGGAGCAAGCAUUGGUUGAGCACAUUCGCAUGCUCGGCCCCUCCUCCCAAACCUUGGAGGAGGUUCGGCAGCUGCUGGAGCUGCUCACAGGCUCGGGGCACGAGCCUUUGGCUCGAAGGCUUCAGGCACGGGUGGGGGCUUUAAUCGCCACUCAUACGGCAGCUGUUGCGGAGGUGGAAGCAGCUCUUAAAGAGGAUAGACUGAAGGCAGCGGUAGAAGCUGAGGGGGUUUUGCAUUCCAAUGCUGCUGGAGAUGCAGCAGCAGAAGCGGGUUUGGCUUCUGCUACAAAGCAAGACGUGAAAUGGAAGUGGGAGGUCCUAGAAGGCAUUUAA